UCGCCAAGCAACCAACCAGUGCGCCCAAAAGGACCGUUAAGAUUUCCUUCCCCCCUCCCCCUUCCGCUCUUCUCAACUCCGCAAACACUCCAAGCCAAAGCAAGCACCUACACUUCCCCAGUGGCCAGUACUAUCACUGACUCGCCUCCACUAUCCAACAAUCUCCACCGUUAAAACUCCAUCCAUGAAUCUCCUCCACUUCGCUCCUCCAUUCCCCACCGUCCGAUUCAUCCACAUUCAUCAUCAUCAUCGUUCCAGAUCCACUACCACUACUACCUCUCCACUCAGUCGCGCACGACUCUUUACUGUAAGGGCGAGUCUGCCAUUUCCGAUUCAGGAAGCGAAGUAUUACAGAGAGCUCGAAGCUGCCGUGGAUGUAGUUGAGAGAGCUUGUCAUCUUUGUGUCGACGUGAAAUCAUCUUUGUUUUCGAGUGAUGGACGGAUUGUCGAAAAGAAUGAUCAGACUCCAGUCACGGUUGCAGAUUUUGGGGUGCAGGCUCUGGUCAGUUUGGAAUUGGGCAAACUGUUCCCUUCUAUUCCCUUGGUGGCUGAAGAGGACUCUGCCUUUGUACGUUCAAAUAAUCUAGAAGAUCCUGUGGUAAAGGCAGUAACUCGUCAAGCAAGUGCUGAAGAUAAGCCAUGGACACAUGAUGAUGUGCUCAAGGCAAUUGACAGAGGAGGGAAGGAAGCUUUUACCUUUGGGACCAAGCCAGCCACAUAUUGGGUACUUGAUCCCAUAGAUGGCACACGAGGAUUUCUAAAAGGAAGUGAGGCCUUAUAUGUGGUAGGUUUGGCUCUUGUAGUUGAAGGAGAGAUUGUACUAGGUGUUAUGGGUUGCCCUAACUGGCAGUAUGAUUCUUCCAAUGAAUCUACAACUGAGAUCCAGGAAAAUAGAAAAAACUUAGCUGGGUCAGGUAUCAUUAUGAUUGCUCAUAUUGGUUGUGGAGUAUGGACAAAGAGGUUAUCAGAUAUGCUGUAUGCCACAACCAAAAUGAUUAAUGGUUGGACCAGAUGCUUUGUAGAUGGAUGUUGCUUAAUACAUGAGGCACGCUUUUGUGCUCCAGAUAGUCAAUCAUCGGACUCAUUUCCCCUGUCAACAACAUUCAGCGCCACAACAAUUGCAGACAGUGCUGGGAAUAAUCAAAUUCUUCUUUUGCCCACAUGUUGUGGAAGCUUAUGCAAGUAUUUAAUGGUGGCUUCAGGUAGGGCUGCUGUUUAUAUUCAUCAAGCAAAAGUUCAAACAAGCAUUAAGAUUUGGGAUCAUGCUGUUGGCAUAAUAUGUGUGCUCGAAGCAGGGGGAAAGGUUACUGACUGGAAAGGGAGUCAAGUUGAUCUUGCUGCAGAUAAAGAUGGACGGAGGAUUAUAUAUCCUUCAAGUGGAAUCCUUGUGACUAAUGGCAACUUACACGAUCAGAUUCUGGAUAAGAUCUCUUCUAUUUCAUCAAAUGUUUGAUGGGUUGACCCCUACCUGAUCUUGUUGAUAAACAUAUGAUCAGUUCAGUUGGGAUUUUGCUGUAAAAAAUCACAUAUGGGGAGCUCUGGAUGAAACUUUGCUAAUGACCCUGAAAAUUUUGACAUCGUCCAUAUUUUUAAAAUCUUGUCUCAGCCUUUUGUUAUGCCCUUAUGAUGAAAAGAUCAUAUUGUGGGCAGUAAUUGGCAAUGAAGCAAUGUAGACAUUUCUUGUGACUUGGCUAAUGAGUUCUAGUUCAACUGGCCUCCUCCCCUGGUAAGUUUUCUCUGCAGUUCUUACAUAUUAGCUGCAUGUGUAACUUACUAGUAAAAAUAAAAAUAAAAAUUUCUUGCCACAUAGAGAACAAGGAAGUUUAUAGCUAGCAUCAUAGGGAAAGAGGAACGAACAUGUGUAAAUUUGCAUAAUAAAUCUGUAAUGGAGACGCGAUGGACAUAUUAUGGGAGGUGUUAAGUCAUAAUCGAUGGCCUGCAGACCAGUAA